AUGCUCCUUGCAAAUCCGAUCAUACGCCCCGCCAGCAACAAAGCCAGUAGCAUUGGUAGAAACCAAGACCGACUCGGGGAUGCUAUAAUAUUUUCACUUUCUACAAAAUACCCAUUGCACUCCUCCUCGGCAUUGCACAAAAACUGGCACUUCCACGCCCCAAACUGUCCCUCGGCCGAGCUGUACCCGAACCAGUGA